CUCAUGGCAGGACCCGUAGUUCGGGAUUGAGAGUGUUCUGCUCUUUCCCACGUGUUGAAGCCGGAUGCAGAGUGCAAGCUGGUGGUAGCUGUGUGGAUGGGGGCGAAGGCAGCAAGGCUCUGAUCAGUGUCAUUGUCCUGUGUAACCCUGCGAGCCGGAGACAGCGGCAUAUAUAUAUAUAUAUAUAUAUAUAUAUAUAUAUAUAUAUAUAUAUAUUGUUCCGUUCAGCUUUCCCGUGUGACUGGAUUCGUGCCUCAGCAUCAAACCGGCUGUGUGUUCCUCACAAACCUUGCGUGCCCCAGGCUUGCCCCUGCACUAUAAUACCAGCAUAUGAUUGCCCAUUCCAUUAACUUGGGUUUAGCAAAGUGUAACGCACCCAUAUGUGCAUUGUUUAUUAAUAGUACGGCACCACUAUUAUCUCCGUAGAAUCUGCACUAAAGAGAAUUAAAGGUCUCAUUUUUCCUUUCUAUAUCCUAUUCUAUUUCAAAAAAACCUAAUCACUUCUAUGGCUGAUCCCGAGAAAGAGUCUUUGUUAAAAAACGUUACCACAGGGGACAUCAGGAAGGCAUGUGUUCUCCAGGAGGAGUCGGAAGGACAGGAAAAAAAUGGACACCAAGCUAAGAAAUUUAAGGCUGAUCAAGAGGAGCUGAGUAAGAAGCAUCCUAAACGGAAAGUAGUUCUCUUAAUGGCCUACUCUGGGAAAGGCUACCAUGGCAUGCAGAGAAAUGUGGGUUCCUCCCAGUUUAAGACCAUAGAGGAUGAACUUGUUCAAGCAUUGGUUUUGUCUGGAUGUAUCCCUGACAAUCAUGCAGAAGACAUGAAAAAGAUGUCAUUUCAACGUUGUGCUCGCACAGAUAAAGGGGUUUCCGCUGCUGGACAAGUUGUAUCCCUAAAGAUUUGGUUGAUAGAUAAUGUAGUUGAAAAGAUUAAUGAAAAUCUGCCCUCUCAUAUUAGGAUACUUGGAUUGAAGCGAGUAACAGGCAGGUUUAACUCAAAGAACAGCUGUGACGCUCGCACCUACUCUUACACAUUGCCAACCUUCGCUUUCUCACAUAAAGACAAAGAGGCACAAGAUGAAAACUUUCGACUGAGUCAGGAAACGCUAAACAGAGUAAAUGAACUUCUUGCACUUUACAAAGGCACUCGCAACUUUCACAACUUUACCUCUCAGAAAGGACCAAGAGAUCCUAGUGCAAAGCGCUAUAUCAUGGAAAUGCAUUGUGAGCCUCCUUUUCAGCAAGGGGGGCUGGAGUUAGCAGUGAUCAAGGUAAAAGGCCAAAGCUUUAUGAUGCACCAGAUCCGCAAAAUGAUUGGAUUAGUCAUUGCUGUGGUGAAGGGCUUUGCUCCCACAUCCAUCAUAGAACGUAGCUGGGGAGAAGAAAAAGUGGACAUUCCUAAAGCUCCUGGUUUAGGUCUGGUACUUGAGAGGGUUCACUUUGAAAAGUACAACAGACGCUUUGGAAAUGAUGGACUUCAUGAAUCUCUGAAUUGGACAGAAGAAGAAGAAAAAAUUGAGUCUUUUAAGAAGGAGCAUAUUUACCCCACUAUUAUUCAGACGGAAAUUGACGAGAAGUCUAUGCUUGCUUGGCUCGCCACUCUGCCCAUCCAUGACUAUGAUGCCACAUCUGUACAACAAAACCAAGACAACCAUAAGGCAGAAGGAGCAGUGGCUGGAAUCAGUGAUGAAGAGAUAGAAUCGGAUUGAUCUCAGUUGUGGUUUUUUUUUUUUUGUUUCUGAAGCUGGAGAUGCUCAAGAAGUUAAAGCUGCUGUUACUUUUGCCAGACCUAAUUUGUCUGCUUGAAGUGCAUUAACAAUACUGUGUGACCUGUCUGCACAAAAUUUCCACACUGAUAAGAUGACCAUUUUGUACAUUGCUUUUACGUCACUCAAACAAAAAUCAUUUUUUAUCUUUUUUUUUUUUUUUUUUAAUGAUACCUCUUGAAUAAUGUGACUCAUGACAUGCAGAAGGAAUGUUUGACAACAUUUGGUAUUAUAUUGAAUUGGAAAAAAUUCCACUGUACUGUAAUAAAAGGUAAUUGUAAAGUAAAAUAAUUUUAGGUAUGAACCAAA